ACGGCGGGAAACCGCAUGCAAUUCCUCAUGCAACAUCUCGAAGACGAAGAUGUCCGAAACGACCUGCUAGCCGAAGACGAAACAGACCAACUGGACUAUCAACUCUCCGACGCAGAAGAUGUCGCCUUUGGAUCCAGCGACGACUCGGACGACGAAGGCCCACCACGCGAAGGCCAGGAUGAAGACCUCCAAGGCGAAAAAGAGUUGCAAAAGGCCGAACGCGUAGAGGCGCGCAAGAAGAAACGCAAGGCCCACGACUUUGCCAACAUGCCGCUCAAUCCUCUCAUGAAGCGCCAAAGACUCGCUGCUUCAAACUCGCUACUCGCUCCCCGUCCGCGAAAGAAGUCAGAGCGCAUUUCCUGGCUACCAACUCUCGACGAUGCGCCAACACGUCAAUCUCGCCGGCGUCAGACUGUCGCCAACAAGGAGCAGACAGAAGCAAAAUUGAAAGAGAGUCAGAAGCGGUCAGAGAAGGCUCAUGAGCUUAUGAAGAUUGCCGCCGAAAAGAAGGCUGCUGCUGCCGUACCCGCUCUCACCCAGGAGGAUCGCAUGAAGAGAGCGCUCAAGGUGGAGAAAGAGAACAGCAGGACACUCAAUCGAUGGGAAAAGGCAGAGGAAGAGCGUCAACUUGCCCAGCAACAGAGACUAGAAGCCUUGCGAGACAGACAGUUGGAAGGACCCGUCUUUAGGUACUGGAGUGGCUCCGUCAUGUGGGAGGGAGAAAAGAUCAAGGUCAAGCGUGUCCAUCAGCCACGAGUCGAGGCUGUAGUUGAGAGCAAGCCCAAGCCUGUUGCCGAAGUACCAUCUACAGAGACACCCACACAACCAAUUGCCAACGAGGCUGACGAGAGACCGAAUCCGACCAACCCUCAAGACGUCAAAUCUACGGACGAGUCAGGAGGGCAACCGACCGAAGACACGCUGAUGGUAGACGCUACGACUGAACCGCCAAUUGCGGCAGACCAAGCAUCAAAGAAUAUUCCGACUACAGAAAGGGACCGGGAGAUAUCGCCUAAAGCUGCACUUGAAACAACAGAACAGACAGCGCCAGCUGUGGUAGAAGGCAAUGAGACAUCCUUGGACAAGCUUUCUCAUGAUAAGGAGACAGAAACAGAGAAGAAGCCCUUGGGGGACAAAUCCGUUGAAGAAAAGCCAUCUGAGCAAAGUAGCGCCCGACCGACACCUGCUCCUGAGCAGAAAUCACCAUCAUUCCUGGACGGCAUCCAUUACUGGGCUUCACAAUCACCAGAGGCAACUGCACAAAAGAAUAAGACUCCGUCAUCACAGACUCCAGUGCCCGCAUCAGCUCCUCAAUCAGAGGCACAAGAACCAGCAUCUGUGCCGCUACAAACUGAGCAAGUAGUUGUAGCUGAUCAGCCUGGUCAGGAAGCGACCACUGAUACAUCUCAACCAUCUACCUUACAACCACCUACCUCAAGACCAGUAGACGCCACACAGUCAGUGGACACCAUACAGCCAUCAGAAGCCACACCACAAUCCACAGCACCCUUCGACAUAUACCCUCAGGUCCAAUCCGAAUCAGCACCACAACCUCCCUCCAUUCCCUUGAUCCGCGAACAAGCCCAACGCACCCUAAUAAUCCUCGAAGCCUUUCCCACCCUCGAACUCGCCCCACCCACUCUCCCCUCUUCCAAAAAAUCAACAACCACUUCCUCCCUCCUAACAUCCAUCCUCCUCCCCUCCGCCCUCCCCACACUAACCCCCCAAGAAUCCAAAUACCUGACUUCCAAAUCCGCCAAAAAGAGGGAAUUUCUCCCUCCUCCACCUCCAAAACCUGUUUGUGCAAUUACUGCAAAGCCGGCGAGGUUUAGGGACCCUAAAACAGCAGUGGCGUAUCAGGGGUUGGAUGCUUAUAAAGCUUUGCAAAGAGUUGCAGCUGGGGGUUGUAGAUGGGGAGGUCAGGGUUGGGAUUGUUGGAUGGGGAUUGUGGGGGAAGGGGUUAUGGGGAGGGUUGCUAGGGGUGUGCCGGAGUGUUUUGUGAGUGGGAAGGUUGUGAGGAUGGAGGUGCUGAAGAAGGAAGAUGUUAAGGUGGAGGAUGGGGUUAAGGAGAAGACGGCUGUGGCUCCUGUGGCUCCUGUGGCUGCUGGGUCUACACCUGCACCUGCAACGAGUGGGGGUCUGCCGGCUGGUGCUGCUCCUUGAUGAGGUGUUGGCUUGAGUAUAGACUUGCAGCAUUGAUACUCAUCUAACGACUCUUAUGAUUGCAUCCCUUUCUUCGACAUCUCUCGAGAUGAGAGUGCUCCUACUCUUAUGAUCAUUUCACACGAUGAUUCACAAGUCUAGAGAGCAACAUACACAUUUGAUGGAGACAUUCUAGUCAGUCAACAGAGCCAAGAUGGUGAGCCUGGUACAUCUUUCCAAGUCUCGUCUCUCGAGAAAUAUCGAGACAUACACAAGUA